UUCCCGAACUUUUUUUAGACUUAGCCUACUUCCAUAGUACCUUCUUGAAACAGAUAGCUGCUAUUUGCUCACAUGCGACUCUGAUUUCAUCUGAUCGAAUGCAUGCUUACAGUACGUGUCUUUGUAUGUGUUUCUCCAGGUCAUGGGACUGCAUGUAUUUAUUUGCUUAUUUACUUAUUUAUUUAUUUAAUUUCUCAGGAGGUCCGAGUUACAUAAGAGUGCGCUCUGGACUCAGCUCUGCAGAGUUAAGCUGACUGUGUUUUGACGUGGACUUCAGAGCAGAGAGACUCUGCGCUCAGUCAACUAUUGGCUCAUGAAGACUAAUCUGGAUUAUUACUUCUGCAGUCUGCACCUAGGACUCCGACAAUCCUAUUAUUCUGCAAUGGGUUGACCCUUCCUGAAGCGGAAGGAAGGAGAGGAGAGAAGAGGAGUAACGCCGUCAACAUUUCUGAAGCGUUUACCUCAAAGAUUCACUGACUCUGAUCUGAGUGGGGUUUAGGAGUUUGGCCAUUUUGCAGCGCAGGCGAUGAGCAGUGAGUGUGACUGACAGUUGACUAAUAUUGGUGUCGCUUCUACUGCAUGUGGUCGGUGCACGGUGCGCAUCUGUGUGUGAGGCACGCCGCACUCUGCACUCUGCAGCAUCCAGGCUGCUCACUGCAGCGCUGCUCUGCAAAAAAAAAACAACAAAAAAACAAAACGAUGCUGUCUUCUUUGUGGAUCUCUCCCUUCUCCGCCAGUGACUCUCCAGGAGCGGCUGCAAAUCACAGUCACCAUCCAGUAUGAUCUGAGAGCGGCUACAGACCAGCUGUUAGUUCCUCCUUGACUGGGUCAGCCAUAACACCAUGGAGGACACUAAACUCAUCUUCAGUCUGGACCACCACGAUGAGGGUCCCACAGUGGCCUUCUCAAAAGAAAAGCUACAUGCCAGAGACGGCCGGCCUGACCACACCAUGAUGAUGGAUCUGGACCUGAACCGAAGCUAUGGACCCCAGACCCAUUUCCUGCCUCACUCACCCUCCUCCCCAGGAUCUUUGUCUGAUCUGUCAGCAACAGAGAGCCUUCUUAUCUCUACCAACUUGGUGAAAUCCUCCUCCACGGACCUGGAGCCAAAGGAGAGCAGCUCUCUAAAAGGCAAGCCUCUCCUCAGCUUGGUCAAGUCCUUGAGCACGGAGAUCUCCCGUCGGGGUGAGCCGGAGGUCAACCUCUCAAAGUCUGACUCCAAAUUGCAUCUGCAUCCUUGGAAGCAGUUGACGCAGUCGAAGAUUCCCGAGGCCGGAGUGCUGACCAAAAACAAAGAGUGGGCCUCGACUUCUUCUGCAGGCAGCUUGUCUCCAACAGAACCGCGGGGGUCCUCGCUCAUUGCUGACUGGGAAGAUACACGACGAAAGUUCUCGGAGGCAAUGCAGGAUCAGUUUAGCAUGCUGAGUAAGAUUAUGCGUGAAGAAAGCUGCGGAAGCCCUAAGCUAGGGAGGGUUCCUGGUACCGGAGACGCCCAGGCUUCCUUUGGAGGCCUUGGAAGAGAUGGAAGCAGUGAGGAUGGAGAGAUUAGGUGCCAAUGUAGGACUGAUGGUGAGCACAGAGCUCUGUGUGACACUCCUUUAAGGAGACGCCACGGGAGUUUGUGCCACACGGACAACUGGGACGAUCUUUUUGAAAAUGAUUCUUAUGAAGAUGUAAUUAAGAAUAAACCCAGAGGAACGAAUCACAACACCUACACCCAGACCCCAGGCUCAGACACAGCUCUAUCGCCACCCUUUUAUUGGCUCAUUCCUGUGGGUGUUCUAGCUUACGGCUUCUUUGUGCUCCCACUUCCCUCAUACCUGACAGGCCUGUCUAUCGGAGUGGCGUGUGGCUACAUCUUAGGGCUGGUGCUAGUGUUUCUGUUUGCCCAAAAGAGCUCCGGUGGGCCAAAGAAAAAAAACUGUCACCUAAAAUCCAGCCCAGAGGACCUGGAUGAAAACAUUACACAUCCAAGGAUCCUUAUGGGUUGGAUGAAUGAGACAGACAGCUACGACCCCGAGACCUUUCAUCCGUCCAUCACUCACUCGGUCCAUGUCUCACUAGAUGGCAGCCAGCUGCAGGUGGCGUACCCUCGCGUCAACAUCCCACGGUGGUCGGCGUUUGAUGAGUCAUCUCCUGAGGCCCAUAUUUCACAUGCACGCACUUAUCAGCUGGCUAACAGUAAGGUGACUUUGAUUCCUCCCGGUUUGGCUCGCAAGCGGGUGUGGAACAAGAAAUAUCCCAUCUCCAUCACCCUAGCUGGGGGUGAGGUAGUGGAAGAGACGCUGGUUGAAGGGCAGAGAGAAGAAGAAGAAGAACGGUCAGAGAGACAGAGAGGUCAGCUUGUGGUCGAUGACCAGCUUCCUGUCACUCUCUACUUGUUUGGCCGCACUGGGCGUGACAAAGAGGAGUGGUUCCAGCACUUUGUGUCUGCUUCUAGAGCCGGGGCUAAGACGAGUGUGAGCGCUGAGGAGAACACAGGACACUGUGAAGCACCGUCAGGUGGAGAGUCCGUCAGAGAAAGUGUAGAGGAGCUCCUGGAUCCCCCUGGAGGCGUGAAAACCAGAACAUUAUUGGACUACAGCACCUACAUGACCCAGCUGAUUGGCUCAGACAGUUGUAAUCCCACCCCCAGCCCCUGCCAGAGUGACCAAGAAAGUCCAACCAGUCACAAAAAGAUCCACAGUGAAGAGCUCACCCCUGACCUUGAAGCUGCACCUGAGUCCAGUGUAGGUUCCGGGGCAGGAGGAUGUCCCACAGAGGAACAGCCCAGUUGGAUAAAUGCCCUGGUGGGAAGAAUCUUCUGGGACUUUCUCAGGGAAAAGUACUGGACCAAUCAGGUGGCGCACAAGAUCCAGAAGAAACUCAGCAAGAUCAAGCUGCCAUACUUCAUGAACGAGCUGACUCUGAAUGAUCUGGACAUGGGCAACUGCCUGCCUCAAGUCCUGAGCAUCUCCAAACCCAAGCUGGACCACAGAGGCCUGUGGUUGGAAAUGGAGGUGGUGUACACAGGCUGCUUCCAGAUGACACUGGGGACGAAGAUGAAUCUGUGUAAACUGGGUCAGGAAGGAGAGGACGAGGCCCACAUCAUCCCAGACACGCAGCCUGUGGGCUCUAAGCCCAGACUGUGCAUACUGGCUGACAGUGAUGAAGAGUCGUCCAGCGCUGCCUCCUCAGAUGAAGACGAAGCUCUGUCGUUUGAACCGCAGGGAUUGGUGGCAGAAAAAAGCAACGCCGUGGCACCUGAUGGACCCACAGGUGGCAGCACAGGUCGGAAGAUCCUGCGAUUCGUUGGCAAGAUAGCAAAGUCUAAGUACUUCAAGAAGGCUACGGAGAACAAGUACAUACAGAAAAAGAUGGCGGAGGUGUCCAAUCUGCCUCUGAUGCUCAGCGUGGAGGUCCUGGAGCUCUCUGGGACUCUGACCAUCAACAUCCCCCCGCCUCCUACUGACAGGAUAUGGUACAGUUUCAAGGUGCCUCCUACGUUGGACCUUCAUGUCCGUCCCAUGCUUGGGGUUAUGGAGGUCACCUUCACCCAUGUCACUGAGUGGAUUGGGAAAAAACUGCAGUGUGAGUUUCAGAAAGUGCUGGUCAUGCCCAACAUGGACGAUAUCUAUCUGCCCCUGAUGACAUCUGGCCUGGAAAACUCACCUGGAUCUCAUCACUCUUCAGUCCAUUCUGCAUCCCAACAAUCCUCUAUGGAGUCCCAGGACUACUUGUCAGAGUAGCGCCUCCCUGUGGCUGCACAGUUUAACCAAGAAAAAAAAAUCAAAGUGCAAAAAACAUCAGCCAGCUGUUGUUAAGAAAACGUUUGCCCUUUGACCUUUGUCCUGCAUGUUUGUAUUUAAUAAUGUCUCCCGGGAAGAACUUUGAAAUGACCACAGAGCUGUUACGACGGUGCUAGACUGCCCCCUACUGUGAAAGUUAUGAAGCACAUAGCUUACAAGAUAACAGAAAGGGAACUUUAGAAAUGCUGAAGCGACAAGUCUGGAACAAAAAUUUACAAAACUGCAAAAACACAUGAUGUGUCAAGUAACGUUGUGUAGUGGGAAAAAACAACUUUAAACCACAUCAUCUAUUAUUUAGACAACUUUUAGAAAAAAUACCAUAGUGGAGGAAACAUGCAAUAAGAUCACCAUCAUUACACACACACUGCACGUUACUUUUAAAAAUUGUUACUGGAAAAAAAAAACCUGUUGUCAACUUUGACAUGUUUGUUAUCAAGCUGUCUGUAGACGUGAACGCUGCCCUAAGAACAUCUUAAACAAA